ACGUUAUCUACUUUAAUAUGGCCACGAAACAUCUGCUGACUGCAUGGGGAUUUAACGAAGCAGUAAUAGAUAAUUUUGUAGCUCAAGAAAUAGAAAUUGAACAAUUUAACAACUUGACCGAAGAAGAUCUGAAGAUCUUAAUUCCUAACAUUGGUCCCCGACGAAAAUUUCAAGCUAAUUUGAAAAAAUAUUUUGAUGAGAUUGCACAACAACCCAUCGAAGUAAAUUUAAUUGAGCGAGAAGAUUUGGACUUACAAGAAAGUAAAAAAAUAAAAUUAGAUGAUUUGGACGUACAAGAUUUGGAUUUACAAGAAAAUAAAAAAAUAAAACUAGAUGACAUUAUUCCUCCAAAUUCACCGUCUGCAUCUUCAACAUCUGCAAGUACAGGAUAUGAAGGUAAGAAUAUUAUUAAUCUUUUUAUACUAUUAUCAAAUGCUCCUACAGCAGACAUAAAGCCUGCAGCUGAUAACAAAUAUGUAAAAAAAAAACUAAAUAAUAAUCUAAGAAAUAAAUUGGCCAAAAUAAUAGUGAGUAAUGAACUGUCACCAAAUAUACAUAGCACAAUAACUAGCGAAAGGGCAUGUUUCCUGAGUGAACAGCUAAUAAGACUUUUUCCUACUGAAGACAAAAAUGUUUGGCAUAUUAAAAAUAAGAAAGGCGAAUCACAAGGCAGAGGAAAAAUUUUGACAAAGUAUUAUUGUAUAAGGCGAAAACUAAAUAAAGCUGGCUUACUGCAUGUGAAAAGUACUACAGAUUUUGUUCACGUUCCAUCUGAUAACGAAGAAAAUGACGACAAUUACGAAGAAAAUAUACUAUGGCUCAAAAAUAAUUGUAAACCGUGGCAAACUGUGACUGAAUACUGGUCUUUGACUUCAAAGAUGCGAUUAAAAGCUCUUCAAAGUAAUAAUCAGUCUUGUAACGAAUAUAUGAUUCAGUUUCCAGCUCUUUUUGAUCCUUUAGGCUACGUAUUACUAGAGAAAGAUUUCGAAACAUUGUAUCCAAAUUGUACUUUAAAAUUGUAUGCUGCUUGGAAAAAAAUAUCAAACUUUGUAAUCAGUAAGGUACCAUCUAAAGUGAAGAACCGUCUUGAUAAUGUAUCUACGCCAGGUAAAAUAUUUAUUGUCUCUUUUCAUACACAAUAA